AUGUCUGGGCGCUGCAGUGGCUUCGCAGCCGACGAGGUUUCGGACGAGGCCGACAUUUUCUCCGCGUUGGACAAGGACGAGACGGAGUACGAGGAAGAUCUUCCCGUGAGCGAACACAGCGAUGACGCUACUCUUUUACCAGACGAAGCUGCUACGCUCAACGAGGAAGAUCUUCCCGUUCACGUUGACAGCGAUGACGACACUCUCCCUCCUUCACCUCAACAACAUUCUUUGCCACCUCCUCCAUCUCCUUCUCACUCUACUACACCAACUCCAGUUCUACCACCUUCUAGUCCAUCUUGUCUUCCGUCGUCAUCAUUGUCAACUUCACGUUCUCGUCGUCGUCCUCGUCAGCCACGUCAGCCUCGUCAGCCACGUCAACGACUGAGGAUAGCCACUCGUCGGCCUCAACAACAGUCGCAACAACAGCAGUCGUCUGAUUCCGAGCCUGAGCCAGCCGAACACCUUGAUCGCCGCUCCGAACUACUGAACGUCCAGAAGUUGUCUGAAUAUCCAGCUAUUGAUACAUAUCAAUUAAACCUACCACCAUUUCAACCAUUCAGGCAACCUGGAUUCUACCCUCCUCCAACAUAUCCAACUGACGCCCUUGAAGUCUUCAAACUGUUCUUCACCAAUGAAAUGCUGGAGACAAUCAGAAUAAACAGCAACAUCAACGGUGACGACAGUUGCAAAAAGACAUACCGUGGAAAAUCAGAAGGGCGCCGAGGGGAGGGGAGUUUUCGUUCAGUGACGGUUGCGGAGAUGAACUCAUUCAUAAGGCUCAUAAUAUACAUGGGAAUUGUAAAGUGGAGGAAGGACUUACCGAAAACCCAAUAUGACGAUAAGUCUGAACGACAUUGA